GCGGUACCUAGCUACUAGCUGCCGGUGGAGGAAAGGUGGUUGUUGUUGUUUUGUUGUUUUUGGGUUAAAAAACUACUUAAAAAGUAAAAAACUAGUCUGCUAAAACCAUGGGAACCCGAGAUGAUGAAUACGACUACUUGUUCAAAGUCGUACUAAUCGGAGACUCUGGAGUGGGGAAGAGUAACCUGCUGUCCCGUUUCACAAGAAAUGAGUUCAACCUGGAGAGCAAGAGCACCAUUGGGGUGGAGUUCGCCACCCGCAGCAUCCAGGUGGACGGCAAGACGAUAAAGGCCCAAAUUUGGGACACAGCAGGACAGGAACGCUACAGAGCAAUUACCUCAGCGUAUUAUCGGGGUGCAGUUGGAGCUCUCCUGGUUUACGACAUCGCCAAGCACCUGACAUACAAGAACAUUGAACGCUGGCUGAAGGAGCUGAGGGACCACGCUGACAACAACAUCGUCAUCAUGCAGGUUGGAAACAAGAGCGACCUCCGCCACCUCAGGGCGGUGCCCACUGAUGAGGCUCGAGCCUUUGCAGAAAAGAACGCUAUUUCAUUUAUUGAAACCUCCGCCUUGGACUCCACUAAUGUAGAAGAGGCCUUUAAGAACAUCCUCACAGAAAUCUACCGUAUUGUGUCUCAGAAGCAAAUAUCGGACAGAUCUGCACAUGAUGAGUCUCCAGGCAACAAUGUAGUGGACAUAAGCCUCCCCCCUACCACGGACGGGCAGAGGGGCAACAAACUCCCUUGUUGCCAAGCCCUGUGACGCUCACGUCUUCUUUUCCUGUUUGACUCUCUGUCUGUCUUUUCCUCUCUUCACCUCUGGUUUACUUCAGUUGUCAUGCUACUGUCAUCAUGACGCCGUCAUGGGUUCAAAAAGUCUGUGACAUCAAGA